GCUCAGGCUCUGGUGCAGGGUCUGGAGGGAGAUCUCCUCGCGCUUGACUUGGACUGGCGACAGCGGGAGCUAGGGGAGACAGGGCGAGAGGCCGUCUGGGAUGUAGGUGUCGACGAGGUCCUGAGAGUCGAAUGCGUGAACUUGGCCUUGACAGGCAGCCACGAUGGAGGGGGGGAGGACAGGGAGGGACAAGAGGUUGAAACUGAGGUCCCUAGGGCAGCAGAGGCCGGCUUAUAUACAGAGGGAGAUAAGGGCAGGCUGUGCGCACUGGUCCGUGCACAGCAUGCUGAUGCGGCCCCGGGGGCC